AUGUGGGUUCACCUAGGUUUGGCGUCCAUUUGUAUGCUUCUUGCAGUAGCUGCGGUCGCUCAGCGCGUCAUUGAAGCACGACGAUGCUCCCAGCAGGCGGCACGACAGAGGGUGCUACAGCUGCCUCAGGAACUCUGGAUCCAGAUACUCAGCCAGAGCCUGUCCGACAAUUCAUUUUGCAGCAGUGAGACAGUGGCCAUGUGGAGAGACUACCGCAGAGUCUCUCGCACAUUCAAAACCAUCAUCGAGCAGGCGUUCGCGGCCCGCUUCUUGAGGAAUAUGUACAUCAACUGGUAUCUGGGGGAGAACGAAUCCCCAGGCAGGCUCUACCAGUGUCUAGAAUCCCCAGCGAAUUACUGUCAGGGGGGCUGUAGACCAUGGUUCAUCCGCAAAGUCUUGGCCUUCGACCGGAUAUCGACAGACCGACAGCGUGUGAUCUUCAGCGAGAAUGCCACCAGGGCAAAGCAUGCUUCACGCCGGCCGGCCAGUGUCAACGAUUCCAUAUGCAACAGGCCAAUAUGGCCUAUCAGGUUUGAGUUCUGCCGCGAUAUCGCGGACCACCCCUACUACGACCUGAUCCUCAUGGAGGAACCUUGGGAUUGGAACCCUGGAGACCCUCUAUCCAUUGCCGGCGCAACAAUUGAUAGGGAGAACCUCGAGGUCUCCGUGCAGCAAGUAGCCCAAGCACAUGGCGACACAAACACGCGCCUACCAAUCGAGAUAUGGACCAAGAUCCUCAGCGACGUCCUCACCUCGGGGCCCACAUACGAGCUGCUUUCAAACCGGCAGACUUACCGAAACCUCUCUCGCGUCAUCGGGUCGGCUACUGAACAGGCGUUCGUGAACUCUUUCAUCAAGGAUGCGCACAUCUCGUGGCAGUGCGCACGCAAUGACCAGCACAGCCUGGUCUGGAAGGAGAUGUCCUUCUCGCACCUGUCGCCAAGCGGAAGCCAUGCCUUUUUCUCCGAGACGGCCACGAGGAUAAAGUGCCCUGCCUCCAGGCCCAAGGCUCCCCCGAGGACAUCGUCAAGUGUUCCAAAUAAGGAGACAUGA